AUGGAUGCAGCAUUCCUGAAGGAUGGAGAGAGUGGUAAGAAAUCCAUGUACACUGAUGAGCAGUCCAUCAAGGGUGAUAUCAUCACAGUAAUGUUCUCUCUGAAGGAAGAGGUUGGAGCCUUGGUUAAGGCUUUGCGUCUAUUUGAGGAGAAGGGUGUGAAUCUCACUCACAUUGAAUCUCGCCCAUCUCACCUCAAGAACGGGCAGUACGAGUUCUUCAUUGACCUGGACUGUAAGAGCAUCUCCAGCCUGGAGGAGGUUCUCCAGGCACUGCGCAAGGAGACCUGCGGCACCGUCCAUGAACUUCCACGGGACAAGAUAAAGGACACAGCUCCAUGGUUUCCUCAUACAAUUCAAGAUUUGGACAGAUUCACGAACCAGAUCCUGAGCUACGGGUCAGAACUUAAUGCCGAUCAUCCUGGCUUCACAGACCCAGUGUACCGAGCACGGAGGAAGGAGUUUGCUGACAUCGCAUACAACUACAGGCAUGGUGAAGACAUUCCACAAGUUGAGUACACAGAGGAGGAGAAGAAGACCUGGGGAAUUGUCUUCCAGGAGUUGAAGAAGCUGUAUCCGACCCACGCUUGCCAUGAGCACAAUUCCGUGUUUCCAUUGCUAGAGCAGUACUGUGGCUACAAGAAAACCAACAUCCCCCAACUCCAGGAUGUCUCUACAUUCCUACAGUCUUGCACGGGGUUCCGUUUACGGCCUGUGGCCGGACUUCUGUCCUCACGGGACUUCCUGGCAGGCCUGGCAUUCCGUGUUUUUCAUUCCACGCAGUACAUCCGACACGGAUCGAAACCCAUGUACACACCAGAACCGGAUGUGUGCCAUGAGCUGUUGGGACAUGUGCCUCUCUUUGCCAACCCAAGCUUUGCCCAGUUUUCACAGGAAAUCGGACUUGCCUCCCUUGGAGCACCAGAUGAGUACAUUGAAAAGCUCGCAACAGUUUAUUGGUUUACUGUGGAAUUUGGACUCUGCAAGCAAAACAAUGAGAUCAAGGCAUAUGGCGCAGGGCUGCUCUCUUCCUUCGGGGAGCUUCAGUAUUGUUUGACAGAUAAACCAGAUAGACAGCCCUUCAAUCCCGAAGUGACGGCCAUUCAGAAAUACCCCAUCACCAGUUUCCAGCCAGUCUAUUAUGUUGCUGAAUCAUUUGAGGAUGCAAAAGAGAAAGUGAGGAGAUAUGCUGCAACUAUUCCUCGCCCUUUCUCUGUCCAUUACAACUCCUACACACAAAGUGUUGAAGUUCUGGACAGCAUCAAACAGAUAACUGAGCUGGUCGACAAUGUCCGCGGUGAGUUGGGAAUCCUCUGCCAUGCAAUCAAGAAGUUUGAAUGAAGUUGCACAAGCCAUGGAAGGCAAGGAAUAAGGGUACAGAAAUGUUCUAAAGUGCAAAGACUAAGAUAGGUUCAUUCAAACCACUCUCCUCCCCUCCCACAGGAUGUUCUGCUUCAAUUUGUCUUGUCAGCUUUUUGAGUGAGGUCACCCCAUCAUUGACAA